AGGCAUUAACACUUGAAUAAAACACGAGGUCUCUCGAGUUCCGACUGCAGCGCUCUACUCAGUCAUACUUGUUUUGCGUACACGAUAUAUUACACAUCUUCACCGAGUCUAGUGCAAGGCACACAACGACGUUUUGAAUCUAACUUGAGUUAUUUGCAGAUCUUCUUCGCUCAUGCUCAUCUACAUCUUACUUCCGAUAGAUCGCCUACGCCUCGAUUACUUUUUCCUGCAGAUUUGUUUGUACCAGGAAUAAUUGCGGAUUGCAGAAGAGGAGGCUUUUGUUCAAAUUUUGGUUUGUUUGUUUGUUUGUGGUUACUUAUGCAGGAAGGUGGUGCCGCUGCCAACUACCACGCGAAUCUACUUGCAUUCUUUUCGCAUUUUUUUUUACAAGAAAAACAAAAAUAAAAAUACUUACAGGCUAGUCGGGUUUGAGAUAAACAAAACGGAAACCUUAAAAACUUACGCAAUUUGCUAGUUACUUACUAAAAAGACGAGAGUAAAGGAUCGGGACCUGUGAUUUUUACCGGCGACCUGAUAAAGAAAUAAUUUUUUUUGUGGCGUAAGUAAUUUCAAAACAAGUAAAUUGAGUUGUUCAAAUACAAGAAAUUGUCCGUUUGCUACCACCAGUCUGACGUCUAAAAGGUGAACCGUUGAAAGUAGUAUAGAAACUGAGUAGCAUAAGCAUCCUUGCCUGCUCUCGAAUUACUUUGACACUUUUAUUUCGAGAUCGAAGUAGCAAUCUUUUUUUUGUUAACUCAUCAAAAAGCCAGCAUAACCAAUACAGAUCCCUAGGAUGUUGAAGCGUGACGGCCGUUGGGGUUCUUGCACGUUUUCUUGUGGUGCGCCGCUUCUCAACUCGAUGCGAGUGGCCGCGACUGCCCUUCUGUUCUUCCUUGUGGCCGAGGACCUCAAUACCAGUCGAUCCGGAGGUAUACUAUCUCCUGUUCGUGGGCUCCGGGUGAAACCACGACGCCAGACCACGAGGACCCCAAAUGCUGACGGUGGCGACAGGUCUGUUGCAAUUGGGAAGGAGGUGAAGUGGUUUUGCGACAAAUGGAAGCUGUUCGCUAAAAUCGCAGACUUUGGGUGGACGCGCCACGACAUCACUGGGUCGCACCAUAAAUUCGUGAAGACGGGACGGUCGCCGAUCAUCGUGGCCGUGCACGACAAACAGGGAAUCCGCAGCGAUGUUGCCCGGAACGUCCUGAAAAACUUGCGCGCCCGGGAGCUAGAGUACGAGACUCGCCAGGCCGCGGGCGUAGGUGAGCCGGAGGAACAGGCAGAACAUGCGGGUCCGCAGCACGACAGCGGGCGCGGUCUGCGGAAAGAGGAACGGAAAGCCAUGAUGGAGCAGCUGCGACAGUUGAUGGCGCGUGGCGCCCUGGAGAAGGAAGUAGGAGCAGUGGCGUCCGUAGCCGACCCGGACGCGCUUGCGAGAGUGCGGGCAGAAGCCGUACGAGCUAAACAGGACGUAGAAAAAAAGAAGAAACAAGAGCUGGAAAAAUGGUUGGAGUUUGUGCAAAAUUUGAUGAAUGAGCAACGACGGUUCACAACGGCGCUGUACGUCCUCGUGCACUACCUUGGUGGCAAGCGGGACUUUUUUGCGAAAAAGAGGGAUGAUUCUCCUGGGGGGGAGCUAGAUUUUUUCGUAAGCCAGUCUUGGGAGGAGAAACUGAAGAAGGGACCCACCAGGAAGUUGUCCUUUCAGGGAUUACACAUUUCGCUAGCUCCUCCACAGGGGGCUAUGUGUUCACUAGGGAAAGCACAUUCCUCAGGAGAAUCAAUGUGUGUAAUCCCCUGUGAACACAAUGUGUCCCCUGUAAUUCCCCCAGGAGGGAAAGCACAUUCCUCAGGGGAUGAUUCUCCUGGGGGGAAAUGUGUUCGUACAAUCCUGAAAGAUGAACAAAACCAUGCAAGAACAGAGCCAAAACUAUGCAGACAAAUUCUGUUCAGCGAAAUUUCGCUCUUCCAAAUUAUAUUCAAUCCAGCUCGUUUCCUGCUUCGAUUUUCAAUCCAGCUCGUUUCCUGUAUAAAAGCGGUUUUUGAUGGAGCUCCCUCGCGGUCGUGGUUCCUGUUUCUUGAAACAACCAAGGCAAACAGGCUUGCAAGCUGA